AUGACUUCCACUUCCCCAGCAACCGUCCGUGUUGCCGUAACCCAGCACGAACCCAUCUGGCUCGACCUCGAAGCCACAGUCCAAAAGACAAUCUCCCUCAUCAAUGAAGCCGCCCAAGCAAAAGCCAAACUCGUCACAUUCCCCGAAUGCUGGAUCCCCGGCUACCCAGCCUGGAUCUGGUCCCGUCCCGAACCAAAUACGUCCAACAUCCCCGUCGUCGACGGCCCCGAAAUGAAACGCAUCCAAGCCGCCGCGGCCGAGCACCAAAUUGCCGUGGCACUAGGUUUCUCCGAACGUGAUGGCGAGAGUGUAUACAUUGCCCAAGCUCUGAUCGACGAAGCGGGAGAGAUGAAGAUGCGGCGUAGGAAGAUGAAGCCGACGCAUAUGGAGCGGACGAUUUUUGGGGAUGCGGCGGGCGGGCAUUGUCUUGCUAAGGUUGUGGAUGUGCAAGGUGUGGGGAGGGUUGGGGGGUUGAGCUGUUGGGAGCAUAUUCAGCCUUUGCUGAAGUAUUACACUUUUGCGCAAGGGGAGCAGAUUCAUGCCGCGGCUUGGCCACCGUUGGAGCCUUUCAUUGAGGGGAGUCCGGGGUUCUACUCGAUGAGUGUGGAAGGGUGCAGGAAUCAGAGUCAGGCGUAUGCGAUUGUGAGUCAGUCGUUUGUGCUGCAUAGCACCACGGUGCUGACCGAUGGAGGCAUUGAGGCGAUGGGAACGAAGGGAGCGCCGAUUAUGGGGUCUGCGAAUAGUGGGAAUUCGGCAUUCUUCGGGCCUGACGGGAGGCUAUUGACGCCUGGAGAACAUGAGCCGGAGAAGUUGAUUAUUGCGGACUUGGAUUUGAGUCUUGUGACGAAGACGAAAACUUUUGCUGAUGCUAGUGGGCAUUACAGCCGUCCGGAUCUCAUGUGGCUUGGUGUUGAUGAGGUGCAGAAGAAUGUCGUUCGCCCAGAGAACAUCGUUCUGCGAUAG